UUCAAAGGGCAUUUCAAGCCCCAGGUCUCUAGGAGGAGGGUGAAGAUCAGAAGAGUCACCAUCCUUCCUAUCUGAGAAGAACCGGAGGGUGAAUGAUGUGCUGGUAACUCCUCUGCUCUCCACUUCAUCACCAGGAGAUAUCACUGGGCAGAGGGGCGGGUUAUCUGUGCAGGUCUCUGGGCUUAAAGAGAGCCGCCGCUCAGUGAGCUCUUCUGUCCGUUCGUCCGCUCCGGAGCAGGCGUCAGGAGAGUGAUGGAGCCUGAGGCGCUCUGAUACCUGGCAGGGCGUCUUGAAGUCUUGAAUGAUUUGUGUGCUCUGUCCCCUCGGGGUUCUGGUCCCUUCCUGACUCCCUACCCCAACCCAUCCGGAGCUCACAGUGGAAGUCUGAAUUCAGGUCCUUCUCCCUAAAACGGAAGACAGAAAUAGGCUUGGGCUCAGAUCCAGGAAAAUGAACAAACAAAGCAAGUGAUUCUGGAUUCCAUCAUUUGGGGUCAAGCGCUGGAGUGGACCACUGCGUUGUGAUGGGAAAUGAGAGGGGCGUGAUGCGGAUGCUGUUGGAAUGCAGUCUCAGUGACAAGCUGUGUAUUAUCCGGGAACAGCAGUAUGAAAUCAUCAUCAUCCCAACCCUCCUAGUUGGUACCUUCCUCAUCCUCCUUGGUGUCAUCCUGUGGCUUUUUAUCAGAGGACAGAGAGCCCAACAGCAGUCUCCAGGACCUCGAGGUGUUGCCCACGUGCCUCCAUCUGGGAACCUAAGCCAGGAAGCAGCAGGACCUGGGGGAACUGUGUUUGUACCACUUGAGGAGACCUCAGUAGAAAGCCUUCUGCGAACUUCUGCACAAGUCCUGGCUACGCUGCAGGUGCCCCGGGAGCAACUCUCUGAAGUUCUGGAGCAAAUCCACAGUGGUAGCUAUGGAGCCAUCUAUCGCACCACGAUACACACUGGGAACCCUGCGAAGCCCAAGAGUGUGGUCCUCAAGACUUUAAAAGAACCAACGGGGCUCCAAGAGGUGCGGGAUUUCUUAGGGCGAAUCCAAUUCUAUCUGUACUUGGGGAAGCACAAAAACUUGGUACAGCUGGAAGGUUGCUGCACAGACAGGCUGCCGCUCUACAUGGUUCUGGAGGAUGUGGCCCAGGGAGACCUGCUCAGAUUUCUCUGGACCUGUCGCCGGGAUGUGAUGACCAUGGAUGGUCCUCCCUAUGACCUCACAGAGAAACAAAUAUAUCACAUUGGGAAGCAGGUCCUUUUGGCUUUGGAAUUUCUCCAGGAGAAGCAUCUGUUCCAUGGCGACGUGGCAGCCAGGAAUGUUCUAAUCCAGUGUGACCUCACUGCUAAGCUCUGUGGGCUGGGCCUGGCUUAUGAAGUUCAUUCCCGAGGGGCCAUCUCCUCCACUCGCGUCGUACCCCUCAAGUGGCUUGCCCCAGAACGGCUUCUGCUGAAACCAGCUGGCAUCAAAGGAGACAUCUGGUCUUUUGGGAUCCUGCUGUACGAGAUGGUGACUCUAGGGGCACCUCCAUAUCCUGAAGUCCCUCCUACCAAUAUCCUACAGCAUCUCCAAAGAGGGCAAGUCAUGGAGAGACCCAGUAGUUGCACACACACCAUGUAUGGUCUCAUGAAGUCCUGCUGGCGUUGGAGUGAGGACAGCCGCCCUUCACUUAGAAAGCUACACUCGUGUCUUGAAACUGCUGUUCAAAGUGCAAAUGACAAGGCUGUGUUGCAAGUACCAGAGCUGGUGGUACCUGAACUGUACGCAGCUGUGGCGGGUGUCAGCGUGGAGAGUGUCUCCUACUGCUACAGCAUCUUCUGAAGGUCCUGGGACAACACCCACUUUGGGGAGAUCGUAUACUCUUGAAACCAGUUCCUCCAACAACAAAGACUUUCUAGUGGGAGUUAAAGGGAGAAAUGGGACGUGGAUCUUGAAUCUUCCCCUACACAUUUCCCUAGAAACCUGAAAUGAUGCUGGAUGAGACUGCCCUCACUAUGUACCCUUGAGAUGGAGAAAUGCAGUUUCAUUUCUGCUGUCCCAAUUCUGAAGACACAGGGUAGAUGGGUUGGACAGUGUCCAUUCAAGGGAGGUUUUACAAAUUUGCAAUCUUUGUUGCAACAUGGCAUGGAUAAGUUGGUCCCUCCUACCACAGGCUUGUUUCCUUCAAAACGUGCUUUUAUCUAGACUAUAGUAAGGUCCAGAAAAUUGGAAUCAAAUGAGGAAAGAGAAAGUUGAUAAAUAAAUUUAUGAAAAGAAAAUGAAAGGUUCUAUUUGCUCAGGAGUAUAGAUGAGGACCAAGGUCCAUCCUUCACCGAGAAGGGAGAGGAAGGUCAUAUAGUUCUUCACUUCUGGUCCAUUCGUGCAGGGAUGAAGGAGAACCAUUAAGGAAGAUUUCUGAGCUCACCCUAAGGUAUAAGCUCACCCUAUAUGGAGAAAUACAGCCCCCUUUUAUCUAAUUCUGAGAUAGGUAAAUCCUGUUGGUACUAUUCUAACUAGAAGCUGGAGUGGUGAUUCCAUGAUUAAGAGCAUUGGUUAUGUAUCAUCCAUCAGGCUGGCAUUCUGGUCCCUGUUAGAAUAGGGAAAUGAACCCUGAAUAUUUAUUGGAAGGACUGAUGCUGAAGCUGAAGCCCCAGUACUUUGGCCACUUGAUGUGAAGAUCCGACUCAUUGGAAAAGACCCUGAUGCUGGGAAAGGUUGAGGGCAGGAGGAGAAGGGGGUGACAGAGAUGAGAUGGUUGGUUGGUAUCGAUGACUCAACAGCCAUGAAUGAGCAAAGUCCAAGAGAUAGUGAAGGACAGGGAAGCCUGGUGUGCUGCAGUUCAUGGGAUCACAAAGAGUUGGGCAUGACUGAGUGACUGCACAAUGACAAAUGAGACUAUGGAGACUGAGCUCAGAGAGUCCAAUAGGGUUGAUGAUGAAUAGACUGUGUAUGUAUUUAAUAAGUGGGAAAUAUGGAAACCAGCAAGGGUACUCACUAGGUCAGGAUGUCUUCAAGGAGUGCUGGAAAAAGAUGUAACCUGAGAUAGAAGGAUGGUAGGUUCUGAUUUUCAAUCAUUCAAUGAUGUACUGUGAAACUUAUUUCAUUAAAUUAAUAUUUAUUGAGUGAAAGUAUACAUUUUGGGUUAUACAGUUGCCAAAAUCUUGACAAUAAGGAGGACGAAAAUAAAUAAAUGUGAAUUAAUGUCAACAGGAAAAUUCAAGAGACAAUCUACAUUGUCAAAAAAAGAUUCCUCAUGUGUAAAAAGGGGAUAAUACCCACUUCACAGGGUUGUUGUGAGAAUGAAAUGAAAGGGUGUUAUUUGUACCACAUGUGGCACGUACUAUAUGACAAUAAAUAUUAAUUUCCUUACCCACC